CUGGGACUGACAGGCCGGGACUAAGGUGACAGCUGACUCUGCCGGGCGGAGUGCGUGUCCUCCCACCGUGCCGGCGCUGAGCUGACAGUCCGUUGCCAGGGGAAGUGACAGCCGCAGCCGGCUCGCAGCCAGCGGCCAGACGCCUGCGGACCAUGCUCUGCAGUCAGCCGAACUGGGGCGGCUCCUAUCAGCGGGUCCGCGGGGGGCUUGAUGCGCAGAAAUGCAGUCCAGAGAAAAGUGCCUCAUUUUUCAGUAAAGUGACAUAUUCCUGGUUUAGCAGAGUAAUUACUUUAGGCUAUAAGAGACCUUUGGAAAGAGAGGAUCUUUUUGAACUAAAUGAAAGUGAUUCCUCCUACACUGUGUGCCCUAUCUUUGAAAAACAAUGGAGAAAGGAAGUUUUAAGGAAUCAAGAGAGGCAAAAAGUAAAGGCAUCUUUUUAUAAAGAGGCACAUACCAAGAAACCAUCUCUACUCUAUGCAUUGUGGAAUACCUUUAAGUCUGUCCUGAUUCAAGUUGCCGUAUUCAAAGUGGUUGCUGACAUUCUGUCCUUCACUAGCCCACUCAUAAUGAAGGCCCUACUUUUAUCAAAUGUUUCUCGACAAAAGUUUUCCACUGGGGAAAUUAUUAACUUGAUGUCAGCGGAUGCUCAGCAACUCAUGGACUUGACAGCAAACCUCAAUCUCCUCUGGUCUGCCCCUUUUCAAAUCCUAAUGGCCAUAUAUCUCCUUUGGCAAGAGCUGGGCCCAGCAGUGUUAGCAGGGGUGGCAGUCCUUGUGUUUGUUAUACCAAUAAAUGCUUUAGCUGCAACUAAAAUAAAAAAGUUAAAGAAAAGCCAAAGAAAGAACAAAGAUAAACAGAUAAAGCUACUCAAAGAAAUCCUACAUGGAAUUAAGAUCCUCAAACUUUAUGCAUGGGAACCCUCUUAUAAAAAUAAGAUUAUCAAAAUUCGAGAUCAGGAAUUGGAAUUUCAAGAAUCAGCCAGGUAUCUUACUGUAUUUUCCAUGCUGACAUUAACUUGCAUUCCAUUCUUGGUGUCCCUGGCAACCUUCUGUGUCUAUUUCUUACUGGAUGAAGGAAACAUUUUAACAGCCACUAAAGUGUUCACAUCGAUGUCUUUGUUUAAUAUUUUAAGGAUUCCUCUGUUUGAGUUACCAACCGUGAUCUCAACUGUGGUCCAGACAAAGAUAUCCCUGGGGCGUUUGGAAGACUUUCUCCACACUGAGGAGCUUCUUCCUCAAAAUAUUGAAACAAACUAUAUAGGAGAUCAUGCUAUUGAGUUUACAGAUGCUUCUUUCUCCUGGGAUAAAACAGGAAUGCCAGUUCUAAAAGACUUGAACAUAAAGAUCCCAGAAGGAGCUUUAGUGGCUGUUGUAGGGCAAGUUGGGUCUGGAAAAUCAUCCAUGCUUUCUGCCAUUCUGGGGGAAAUGGAGAAACUUACCGGAGUAGUCCAAAGAAAGGGUUCUGUGGCUUAUGUUUCUCAGCAGGCCUGGAUUCAGAAUUGCAUUUUGCAAGAAAACAUUCUCUUUGGCUCCUUCAUGAAGAAAGAGUUUUAUGAGCAAGUAUUGGAAGCCUGUGCUCUCCUUCCAGAUUUGGAGCAGUUGCCAAAGGGAGAUCAAACUGAGAUUGGAGAAAGAGGUGUGAAUAUAAGUGGGGGCCAGCAACAUCGAGUAAGCCUGGCUAGAGCUGUCUACAGUGGAGCCGACAUCUACCUCCUGGAUGACCCCUUGUCUGCUGUUGAUGUUCACGUUGGAAAGCAGCUUUUUGAAAAAGUGAUAGGGUCCUUGGGCCUUUUGAAAAACAAGACUCGUAUUUUAGUGACACACAAUCUCACACUUCUGCCACAAAUGGAUCUUAUUGUUGUAAUGGAAAGUGGCAGAAUAGCUCAAGUGGGGACAUACCAGGAGCUGCUGUCUAAAACUAGAAAUCUCACUAAUUUGCACCAAGUCAUCAGUGAAGAAGAAAAAGCUCAUGCUCUAAAGCGAGUCAGUGCAGUCAACUCCAGAACUAGACCAAAAGACAAAAUCCUGGAACAAAAACCUAGGCCCUCAUUGGAUCAAGGAAAACAGUUCUCAAUGAAAAAAGAAAAGAUCCCUGUUGGUGGGGUGAAGUUCUCCAUCAUUCUGCAGUACCUCCAAGCCUUUGGCUGGCUCUGGGUGUGGCUGACUAUGGUCACUUACUUAGGGCAGAAUUUGGUGGGCAUUGGACAGAAUCUAUGGCUUAGUGCAUGGGCAAAAGAAGCAAAAAACAUGACUGACUUCACAGAAUGGAAGCAAAUAAGAAGCAAUAAACUUAAUAUCUAUGGAUUAUUGGGAUUAAUAAAAGGUCUCUUUGUCUGCUCUGGAGCCUACGUAAUCACUAGAGGAUCCCUGGCUGCCUCUCGAACCAUGUAUGUUCAACUGUUGAAUAAUGUACUGCACCUCCCCAUCCAGUUUUUUGAAACAAAUUCCACAGGCCAGAUCAUCAGUCGUUUCACCAAGGACAUAUUUAUAAUUGAUAUGCGUUUGCAUUACUAUUUACGGCUGUGGGUGAAUUGUACAUUGGAUGUUAUUGGAACAAUUUUGGUCAUUGUGGGAGCUUUGCCCCUCUUCAUUCUGGGGAUUAUUCCCUUAGUGUUCUUCUAUUUCUCUAUACAAAGAUACUAUGUGGCAAGCUCUCGGCAAAUCCGGAGGCUGACAGGAGCGUCCCGUUCUCCUGUCAUUUCCCACUUCAGUGAGACUUUAUCAGGAGUGUCCACCAUCAGAGCAUUUGGACAUCAACAGAGGUUUAUCCAGCAAUACAAAGAGGUGGUGAAUGAAAACUUGGUCUGUUUCUACAAUAAUGUAAUUUCUAACCGGUGGCUGUCUGUUAGACUUGAAUUUCUUGGCAACUUAAUGGUGCUUUUUGCUGCACUGCUUGCUGUGUUGGCUGGCAAUUCUAUAGAUUCAGCAACAGUUGGUUUGUCUAUAUCCUAUGCCCUAAAUAUAACUCAUUCUCUGAAUUUUUGGGUAAAGAAAGCAUGCGAAAUUGAAACCAAUGCAGUUGCUGUUGAAAGAGUUUGUGAAUAUGAAAAUAUGGAUAAAGAGGCACCUUGGAUAAUGUCUAGAAGACCCCCAUUACAAUGGCCCAAUAAAGGUGUAGUGGAAUUUAUUAAUUAUCAGGCUCGAUACCGAGAUGAUCUUGGUUUAGCAUUGCAAGAUAUCACUUUCAAGACUCAUGGGGAAGAGAAGAUUGGAAUUGUGGGAAGGACUGGAGCAGGCAAAUCCACACUAUCAAAUUGCUUAUUUAGAAUUGUGGAGAGAGCAGGAGGCAAAAUUAUUAUUGACGGAAUCGAUAUAUCAACUAUUGGACUUCAUGACCUUCGUGGCAAACUUAAUAUUAUUCCACAGCACCCUGUUUUAUUUUCUGGAACCCUUAAAAUGAACCUGGAUCCCCUAAACAAAUAUUCUGAUAGCAAGCUGUGGGAAGUGCUGGAAUUGUGUCACUUAAAAGAGUUUGUGCAGUCCCUUCCUGAGAAGCUACUGCAUGAGAUUUCAGAGGGUGGCGAGAACCUCAGCAUGGGACAACGGCAGCUGGUCUGUCUUGCUCGUGCUUUGCUUCGAAAAACAAAAAUUCUCAUCCUGGAUGAAGCAACAGCCUCCAUCGACUUUGAGACGGACAAGUUGGUGCAGACCACAAUCAGGAAGGAGUUUUCUGAUUGCACCAUCCUGACCAUUGCUCACAGACUGCAGUCUAUCAUUGAUUCAGACAGGGUGCUUGUUCUAGACUCAGGAAGCAUUGUGGAAUUCGAAGCGCCUCAGAAUUUGAUACGUCAGAAAGGACUUUUCUAUGAAAUGACGACGGACGCUGGAAUAACACAAGAAUCAGGCACAGAAAAGAAAUUACUUUAG